GACCGCCAUUUCGGUUUCCUCCCCGCAGAUCCAAGAAACGCCACCCAGACGUAAGAAAAAGAAAAAAAAACAGUGUCAUUGCUACAUAGAGAGACAUGAGAGGUGAACAAAACCCCCCAGAAUAAACACAGGCUUUCCUUCGUUUCAAGGAAGAACACACACAGAGAUAGAGGUGAAGAGCGAGAGAGGGUAAUAAACCGUUGUGUCUCACUGGGGGAGGGAAUGAUGUCCGAAGGCGAGGAGCACGGGUCGCUGCUGGAGAAGAUCAACGACAAGAUCCAUGAGUUCAAGAAGGGAUCGUCGUCAUCCUCGUCCUCGGACUCCGACGACGACAAGAAGCACCACCACAAGUCCAAGUCCAAGAAGAAGCGGCUCUUCGGCCGGACGAACCCGCUACAUCACGUCCUAGGAGGAGGCAAAGCUGCUGAUCUUGUGCUGUGGAGGGACAAGCAGACGUCAGGGAGCAUCCUGGCGGGAGUGACCGUGAUCUGGUUGCUGUUCGAGGGGAUCGGCUACCACCUCCUCACCUUCUUCUGCCACUCGCUCAUGGUCUUCCUCACCGUCUGCUUCGUCUGGGCCAAUGCCGCCUCCUUCAUCAACAGGGGUCCUCCAAAGUUCCCAGAUGCAAUUCUGUCUGAAGUCCAAUGCCUGAAGAUUGCUCAUAUUCUGAGGAAAGAAAUCAAUGAGGCCUUCUUAACAUUACGCCAUGUCGCCUCCGGAAAAGACCUCAAAACAUAUCUUAUGACAGUUGCAGGCCUCUGGUUCGUUUCUAUAAUUGGGAGCUGCUUCAGCUUCUUGACUUUGUCUUACACCAUUUUCCUGAUGGCAUACACACUGCCAAUGCUGUAUGAGAAAUACGAAGAUGAAGUCGAUGUCGUGGGCGAGAAGGCCCUAAUCGAGCUCAAGAAGCAAUAUGCAGUGCUUGAUCACAAGCUUCUCUCAAAGAUCCCAAUGUUAGCUGAGAAGAAACAGCACUAAACUGAUGCUUUGAAGACCAAAGCCCCUUAAUUUGCAUGUUUCAUCUUCAGCUCAGCACAUCACCAAAGUAGUCUAUUUGGGUUUCCUCUGUCAUCUUAUAGCAAUAUUUGGGAUGACAUCAGAUAGAAAUGGUUUUGAUUCUCGAGCAUCCGAAAACCGGGUUUUUUUUUGGAGCACUAGUACGGAGAACACUGUAGACGGUCACAUGGAGUAGUUGCUUAUGUUCCAGUAACUUUCAGUUCAUAUUUUUGAGCUUCUGUUUGGUCACAAGAUACAUAUGACACACAAUUUACUAUGAUUAUUAUUUGCAUGUAUUAUUUGAGGUAUUCUGAAUGCUGAAGACCAUACUAAUUAGCAGAUUAAUUCAUUUUGGUC